UUUUGGAUUUUCUGACCUUGUUUAUAUGUAUCGACCACAUCCAUGCAUAUUGUUCAUCAGCAUCUGAGUGUUAAUUAAAAAAUUCACCCCCCAUAGCCAGUAAUGUUGCCAUUCUUCCCAAGGCUUAAUCCCAUGAAGCUCUUAGCAAUGUGUUGCCUUCUUUUAAUGAGUGUUACAACUUCCAUGACUACCACUUCAGUUGCUAUUCAAGGCAACGAAGAAGCGUAUGCUUUGCUGGACUGGAAAGCCAGCUUUGAGAAGCAAAGCCAGGCUUUGCUCUCUUCUUGGAAUGGUAGCGACCCCUGCCAUUGGGUGGGAAUAGCAUGUGACCACUCCAAAUCUGUGUCCUCGCUAAACUUUACCAACUUUGGCCUAAGAGGUACGCUUCAAACUCUCAAUUUCUCGUCACUUCCCAGCAUCCAUACAAUAGUCAUGAGGAACAACUCUUUUUAUGGAACCAUUCCCAAACAAAUUGGUGCAUUAUCCAAUCUGGACACUCUUGAUGUCCACUCCAAUCAGUUCUCUGGUUUCAUUCCCAAACAAAUUGGUAGUUUGUCUAAACUCACCGUUCUUGAUUUGGGUGCCAACAAUUUCUUGGGCAACAUUCCCCAAGAAACUAAGCAUUUGAGCAACUUGAAGUAUUUGUCAUUUGCAUACAAUAAUAAUUUAAGGGGAUCCAUUCCUGCCGAGAUUGGGAUGUUGAGGAAUCUAACACAGCUGCAUUUUGAACAUUGCAAUCUCACAGGUUCUAUCCCUACUACAAUAGGCAACUUAACUAAUUUGUCUGUACUCAAUUUGAAUAUCAACCAUUUAGAUGGUCCCAUUCCUCGAGAAAUAGGCAAGUUAGUUAAUGUGAAGUUUCUAUGGCUUCAAACCAAUGAACUUUCUGGUUCCAUCCCUCGAGAAAUUGGUCUCAUGACAAAUCUCUAUCAGCUUGAUUUUUCUGACAAUAAUCUCUCUGGUUGUAUUCCUUCUACAAUUGGAAAUUUAAGCAAUUUGGUAUAUCUAUACCUUUAUAUCAAUUCUCUCUCUGGUGCGAUUCCUGAUGAAAUUGGAAACCUUUAUUCUCUUUCUACGAUCCAAUUGUCAUCCAAUAACCUUUCAGGGACAAUUCCACCUUCCACAAGUAGCUUGGUCAAUUUAAACUCUAUUCUUCUUAGUGGGAAUAUGCUCUCAGGUCCAGUUUCAUUGUCCAUUGGGAAUUUAGUCAAGUUAGAGAUGCUCAACCUUGAUAAAAAUAAUCUUUCUGGGCCAAUCCCUUCCACUAUCGGAAAAUUGGUAAAUUUGGUUCAACUUGACCUUUAUCAAAAUAAUCUUUCUGGGCCAAUCCCUUCCACUAUCGGAAAAUUGGUAAAUUUGGUUCAACUUGACCUUGGUGAUAAUAAUUUUUCUGGGCCAAUCCCUUCCACUAUCGGAAAAUUAGCAAAUUUGGUUCGACUUGGCCUUGAUGAAAAUAUACUCUCUGGAACAAUCCCUUCCUCCAUUGGAAACUUGACAAAACUGUUGGAACUAGUGUUAUUGUCGAAUGAACUUAGUGGUGAAAUUCCAAUAGAGUAUAACAAGCUCACAGAAUUGGAAAAUCUCCAAUUGAGUAAUAAUCAUUUCAAUUGGCAGUUGCCUCACAACAUCUGUACAAGUGGAAAUUUGGCUAAACUUUCAGCCGCAAAUAACUACUUCACAGGUGUAGUUCCAAGUAGCUUAAAGAAUUGCUCCAGCCUUGUAAGAUUAAGGCUUGACGGAAACCAGAUAACCGGAAAUAUAACUGAAUCUUUUGGUGUAUAUCCAAAUUUGGUCUACAUUGAUUUGAGUGACAAUAAUUUUCAUGGCCAUCUUUCAUCAAAGUGGGGGAAAUGUUCCAACCUGACGUGCCUCAAGAUCUCCAACAAUAAUCUGUCGGGUCAUAUACCAACGGAACUAAGUGAAGCAACCAACUUGCAAGAACUUGACUUGUCUUCAAAUCAUCUUACGGGAGCAAUUCCAAAAGAGCUUGGAAAGUUGACUUUGCUGAUACAACUCUUGUUAAGCAACAACAGUUUUUCCGGAAAUGUUCCCAUUCAGAUUUCAUCAUUGCAACAACUUGAAACGUUGGAUCUUGCCAGGAACAAUUUCAGAGGCCUCAUCACAAAAGAACUUAGCAUGUUGCCUAAGUUGUCCAACUUGAGUCUGAGCCAAAACGAAUUUAAUGGAACUAUUCCUCUCGAGCUUGGGAAUCUAAGAUCCCUUCAUGACUUUGAUCUUGGUGACAAUCUUUUAGAUGGAAGCAUUCCAGCAUCACUUGGCCACUUGAUGUUCUUAGAAAAUUUGAACCUCUCUCAUAACAAUCUUUCUGGUGUCAUUCCCUCAAGUUUUGAUGGGAUGUUAAGUUUGACAACUGUGGAUAUAUCAUACAACCAAUUAGAAGGCCCACUUCCAAAUAUUCCAGCCUUCAUAAAAGCUCCAUUUGAAGCAUUGAGAGAUAAUAAAGGUUUGUGUGGUAAUGUCACUGGUAUUGAGCCUUGUCCAGCGUCAUCAACUGGUGAUUCUCAUAAUGACCAUAAAGCUAAGAAAGUUGUUGUGCUCAUAUUGGUCCUUUCUUUGGCCAUCAUAAUAGCACUCUUAGUAUUAUGGGUAUCAUGCCGUGUAUACCAAGGAACAGGCCGAAAGGAAAGCAAUGCUACAGAGACGCAAACUCAAAAUUUAUUUGCAAUUUGGAGCUAUGAUGGCAAGAUGGUGUAUGAAGAGAUUAUUGAGGCCACAGAAGAUUUUGACAACAAAUAUCUCAUUGGAGUUGGAGGCUUUGGAUCUGUCUACCGAGCUGAGUUGUCCACCGGUCAAGUUGUUGCCGUGAAAAAACUUCAUUCAAUACCAAAUGAAGAAGUUCCCAAUCUCAAAACUUUCCAGAGUGAGAUUCAAGCCUUGACAGAAAUCCGUCAUCGCAACAUUGUGAAGCUAUAUGGAUUCUGUUCUCAUUCUCGGCACUCCUUUUUGGUUUAUGAGAUUAUAGAAAGAGGUAGCAUUGACAAGAUUCUAGCGAAUGAUGAAGAAGCGGUUGAGUUUGAUUGGAAUAGGAGGGUGAAUGCUGUUAAAGGAGUAGCUAAUGCUUUAUGCUACAUGCACCAUGAUUGUUCACCUCCUAUAGUGCAUAGAGAUAUAUCAGCAAAAAAUGUUCUUCUGGAUUUGGAACAUGAGGCUCAUGUGUCAGAUUUUGGAGCAUCUAAACUUCUUAAUCCAAAUUCAUCAAAUUGGACCUCUUUUGCAGGGACCUUUGGUUAUGCAGCUCCAGAACUUGCUUACACUAUGGAGGUGAAUGAAAAAUGUGAUGUGUAUAGCUUCGGGAUAUUAGCUUUGGAAAUAAUGUUGGGGAAGCAUCCUGGAGAUGCUGCAUCAUCAUCUAUGGUGAUGAUACCAUCUUCAGAGACAAUGGAAUAUGCAUCAACACUUGAUAAUAAGUUUUUCUUAAAGGAUAAGUUGGAUCAUCGUCUUCCUUACCCUACAAAUCCAAUUGCAGUAGAGAUUAUGCAAAUUGUGAAGAUAGCAAGUGCCUGUUUGACAGAAAAUCCACGUUCUCGUCCUACCAUGGAACAAGUGGUGAAAGAUCUUGUGGUGGCAAACGCUUCAGUUUCAACAAUGCAUUAAUUUCUCAAAAUCACACCAUGAUGAACUCCAAUCAAAGGAGGGAGAUACAUAUAUACAUAGUGUAAUGUUUUUACUUAUUACACAAAAUUAGCCUACAUCUUUGUUUGAGUUCUAUAUAUGCAUGUGCUUCAGUUGUUGUACGUGAGUUCUUUUAGGUGUAUAUAUAUGUGCAAGCCUUGAUUACCCUUAUGUAACAGGUCAUAUAUGUUCUCUUCUUAUAUAUGCU